AUAUAUAUACAUGUAUGUAUAGAUAUAGAUAUAUAUAUAUUAGUUAAUUCCUCAUCUUGUCAGUUACAGGAACAGUUUCAUCUAAAUAGGAUGCACAAAACUGGAGAUGUGAUUAUCGGUGGACUUUUUGCAAUCAACUCAUUUACUGAUGAUCUUGACCUGACUUUUACCUCAAAGCCACAGCUGCCUCCCUGCUAUGGUUUUGAUGUUCUAGGAUUUAGACAGGCUCAGACCAUGGCCUUUGCUAUUGAUGAGAUCAACAAAAAGUCCAGCCUGCUGCCUAAUGUGACUCUGGGAUACAGUCUGUAUGAUAACUGCUUUCAACUAGGAAUUGGAUUUCGUGCAGCACUGACCUUAGUCAGUGGUCAAGAAGAGCAAGUUACAUUAGAGGAGAACUGUGUAGGAACUCCUCCAGUCCUAGGGAUUGUGGGAGAUACUACUUCUUCCAAUUCUAUAGCCAUUUCUGCUGUCUUAGGUUUGUACAAAGUGGCUCUGGUCAGUUAUUAUGCCACAUGUUCCUGCCUGACUGACAGACAAAAGUUUCCAUCAUUCUUUAGGACGAUCCCAAGUGACGCUUUUCAGGUGAAUGCUAUGAUUCAGAUUCUAAAACACUUUGGUUGGACUUGGGCAGGUCUGAUAAUCAGUGAUGAUGAUUAUGGAUUCCACGCUGCCCGAUCCUUUCACUCUGAUCUGGGUCCAGCUGGCGGAGGUUGUCUGGCUUACACAGAGAUUUUGCCCUGGGGUGAUGACCCUGCAGAACUAAGGAGAAUAGUGGAUGUUAUGAGGAAAUCUACAGCUCGAGUAGUGAUUGUGUUUGCAUAUAAGGGUCACAUGAUUAACCUAAUGGAAGAGGUGGUGAGGCAGAAUGUGACAGGCCUGCAGUGGAUUGCCAGUGAAGGCUGGUCAGCAGCUGCUGUGCUCCAGACUCCUCACUUCAUGCCUUACCUGGGUGGAACACUGGGCAUUGCCAUUCGUCGAGGAGAAAUACCAGGACUCAGAGACUUCCUGUUACAAACACAUCCUGAUCUACAUCACAAUAACACAGAUGGAAACAGCAUGGUGAAUGAGUUUUGGGAACACACAUUUAAGUGUAGAUUUGCACCACCUCCAGCAGGUUGGGUGGAAGCUGGAGGAGAAUUAUGCACUGGACAGGAAGUUAUAGAGAAUGUAAAGAAUGAAUUGGUGGAUGUUUCAAACCUCAGACCAGAGUAUAAUGUGUAUAAGGCUGUGUACGCUCUGGCGUAUGCUCUUGAUGAAAUGCUGCAGUGUGAGCCAGGGAGAGGACCUUUCAGCAACAACACCUGUGCUCAUUUACAAAGACUGGAGCCAUGGCAGCUUGUGUAUUACUUGGAAAAAGUCAACUUCACCACAACAUUUGGCGAUCAAGUGUCAUUUGAUGAGAACGGUGACGCCUUACCAAUAUAUGACAUCAUGAACUGGGUGUGGCUCGCAGAUGGAAGAACUAAAGUUCAGAGAGUGGGUGAGGUUAAGAGGUCAGCCUUCAAAGGUGAAGAACUCACACUGGAUGAAGACAAAAUCUUCUGGAACUUUGAAUCCAAACAUCCUCCUCUGUCAGUGUGCAGUGAGAGUUGUCCUCCAGGUACCCGCAUGGCCCGAAAGAAGGGGGAACCUGAGUGUUGUUUUGACUGUGUCCCUUGUUCUGAAGGAAAGAUCAGCAAUACAACUGACUCCAUGGAGUGCACCAGUUGUCCAGAGGAUUUCUGGUCCAGCCCCCAGCGUGACCACUGUGUUCCAAAGAAAACAGAGUUCCUCUCCUACCACGAGCCUCUGGGUAUCUGCUUGACAACCACCUCACUGUUGGGCACAUUUAUCUGUAUUGUUGUUCUGGGCAUCUUCAUCCAUCAUCACAGCACACCUAUAGUCCGUGCCAACAAUUCAGAACUCAGUUUUCUUCUCUUGGUGUCACUUAAACUCUGUUUCCUCUGCUCGUUGCUCUUCAUUGGACGACCCAAAUUAUGGACUUGUCAACUAAGACAUGCAGCAUUUGGCAUCAGCUUUGUGCUUUGUGUCUCAUGUAUCCUGGUGAAAACCAUGGUGGUUCUUGCUGUGUUCAGGGCCUCCAAACCAGGAGGUGAGUCCAGUCUCAAGUGGUUUGGUGCUGUGCAGCAGAGAGGGACAGUUCUGGUUCUGACUUCAGUUCAAGCAGCAAUCUGCACUGUAUGGCUUGUCUCUGCUUCACCAGUGCCUCAUAAAAACACCCAGUAUCACAGUGACAAGAUAGUUUAUGAGUGUGCAGUUGGGUCCACAGUUGGUUUUGCAGUUUUACUUGGUUAUAUUGGUUUACUGGCUUUCCUCAGUUGUCUGUUAGCUUUUCUAGCAAGGAAUCUUCCAGACAGUUUCAAUGAGGCCAAACUCAUCACUUUCAGCAUGUUGAUCUUCUGUGCAGUGUGGGUUGCCUUUGUACCCGCUUACAUCAACUCUCCAGGCAAAUAUGCAGAUGCAGUGGAGGUAUUUGCCAUCCUGGCCUCCAGUUUUGGCCUCUUGGUGGCACUGUUUGGUCCCAAAUGUUAUAUAAUCCUGUUGAGACCAGAGAGAAACACAAAGAAAGCCAUCAUGGGCCGUGGCAGCACAAAGUAAAACUGUCAGCACAGCUGUUUGGUAAUUUUAAGAUUACAAGAAAGAAAUCGAUUUAAAAAUAGUAAAUAAUUCUUCUAUAUUUUUCUCUAACGCCUAUUUUUUCCAAUAGAGCUCUGGUAGCUGAUGUCAAAACCAAGGUAACAUACAUACAUGUAUACACAUUAAAGUAAUAUAAUAUGAUAUAAAAGAGAGUGGGAGAGAGUUAGUCAGUGUGUGUACAGACCAACAAUGGCAGAGUCAGGUAGAGGUAGACAAAGAUGGCUUCCUGAUGGUUGCUGUGUUUCUUCAAGGCCACCUUUGUAGGAUGAGGUGCCAGCUUAGUAGAAUGCAUGACCAGAGCUGAAGCUAAGAAUCAUGGACAUCACUAACAUCAUAUUAACCUAAAUCUAUACAUUACAACAACACUGUCUAAGCGAGGAAUCUCAAUAUAACAUUUCAUGAGGUAAAACAGUCUAUUCUUAGCCAAAUAGUUUGAUGCUAUGCUAGGCCCAGUUACAGUACAUACCAAAUCUUUGAAAGACGCAAGAUGUGUCCUUUUCUGUGAUUCUGGUGUCUCUUGUUCAGGUUCCUCCUUACAAAGUUAGCUAGUUGGAGCUAUUAUUUGGCUCUGGAUCCUUGGUUGAAACUUAGGCAUGCUCAUGCACCUCUCCAGUCUCCGUUUUUGCUUUCACCAUAACCUGUCUUGGCAGAUGCUGCACAUCUUUGAGUCUGGUUCUGUCAGAGAUUU